CCGCCCAGCCGCAGUCCGCAGGAGCCGCCGCCGCAGCCGGCCGCGGGGCGGGAUUCCGGGGCCGUCGCAGGGAGCGCGCUCGGCUCUCCGCGCCUGUGUUUCGCCCGCCCCGCUCCUCGCCGCGUCGGUCCGCUGGCCGGGUCCGGCUCACCAGCUCCGAGCCCAGGCUCCACGGCCGCCGCGGGGACCCGCCCACCAGACCCUGCCCGGGCCGCACGGCCGCCUGUUGGAACCCCGCCGUUGAUGACACCUGGCAGAAGGCUACCAUGGAAGGGGACGGUUCCGACUCGCUGGUUACCAUUAAGAAUAUCGAAAGAGAGCUCAUUUGCCCAGCAUGCAAGGAGCUGUUCACCCACCCGCUGAUUCUCCCUUGUCAACACAGUAUCUGUCAUAAGUGUGUAAAAGAACUCUUACUGACCCAUGAUGACUCAUUCAAUGACGUGGGAUCGGACAACUCCAAUCAGAGCAGUCCUCGACUUCGGCUCCCGUCCCCUAGCAUGGACAAAAUUGACAGAAUUAGCAGACCAGGCUGGAAGCGCGGUUCCCUGACCCCUAGGACAACCACUUUCCCUUGCCCCGGCUGUGAGCACGACGUGGAUCUCGGAGAACGAGGAAUCAGUGGUCUGUUUCGCAAUUUCACUUUGGAAACUAUCGUGGAGAGGUACCGGCAGGCAGCUAGGGCGGCCACGGCCAUCAUGUGUGACCUCUGUAAACCACCACCCCAGGAGUCCACCAAGAGUUGCAUGGACUGUAGCGCGAGCUACUGCAAUGAGUGCUUCAAAAUUUACCACCCGUGGGGUACAGUGAAAGCUCAGCACGAGUACGUGGGUCCAACUACCAACUUCAGGCCCAAGAUUUUAAUGUGCCCAGAACACGAGACGGAGAGAAUAAACAUGUACUGUGAGUUGUGUCGGAGGCCGGUGUGUCAUCUCUGUAAGUUGGGCGGUAAUCAUUCCAAUCACCGGGUGACCACCAUGAGCAGCGCCUACAAAACAUUAAAGGAAAAGCUUUCAAAGGAUAUUGAUUAUCUUAUUGGCAAGGAGAGCCAGGUGAAGAGCCAAAUUUCUGAACUAAACUUGUUAAUGAAAGAAACAGAGUGUAAUGGAGAGAGAGCCAAAGAAGAAGCAGUCACACAUUUUGAAAAGCUCUUUGAAAUUCUAGAAGAGAGGAAAUCAUCUGUUUUGAAAGCGAUUGAUGCAUCUAAGAAACUAAGAUUAGACAAAUUUCAGACUCAAGUGGAGGAAUACCAGGGACUUCUAGAGAACAAUGGGCUUGUGGGAUACGCCCAAGAAGUGCUUAAGGAGACGGAUCAGUCCUGUUUUGUACAGACGGCCAAACAGCUCCACCUCAGAAUACAGAAAGCCACAGAAUCUCUGAAGAGCUUUAGACCCGCGGCUCAGACGUCCUUUGAAGACUAUGUUGUGAACACAUCGAAACAAACAGAACUUCUUGGAGAAUUGUCCUUUUUCUCUAGUGGCAUAGACGUGCCAGAGAUCAACGAGGAACAGAGCAAAGUGUAUAACAAUGUUCUGAUCAACUGGUACCAUCCCGAAAAGGAUAAAGCGGAUAGCUAUGUCCUUGAGUAUCGGAAGAUUAAUAGAGAUGAAGAAAUGCUGUCUUGGAACGAGAUAGAAGUCUGUGGCACCAGCAAAGUGAUCUCAGACCUGGAAAGCAAUUGUAACUAUGCUUUCAGAGUGAGAGCCUACAAGGGCUCCAUCUGCAGUCCUUGCAGCAGGGAGCUGAUCCUUCAUACCCCGCCGGCUCCAGUUUUCAGUUUCCUCUUUGAUGAAAAAUGUGGCUACAAUAAUGAACACCUCCUGCUGAACUUGAAGAGAGACCGCGUGGAGAGCCGAGCCGGGUUUAAUCUCCUGCUCGCAGCAGAUCGCAUCCAAGUGGGUUAUUACACGAGCCUGGACUACAUCAUUGGAGACGUUGGAAUUACCAAGGGGAAGCACUUCUGGGCCUUCCGUGUGGAGCCGUAUUCCUACCUGGUCAAGGCGGGCGUCGCUUCCAGUGAUAAACUGCAGGAGUGGCUCCGUUCUCCCCGGGAUGCAGUUAGUCCAAGAUAUGAGCAAGACAGCGGCCAUGACAGCGGAAGUGAAGACGCCUGCUUUGACUCCUCACAGCCAUUCACACUGGUCACCAUUGGCAUGAAGAAGUUUUUCAUACCCAAGUCAGCCACUUCUGCCAACGAGCCUGAGAACAGAGUUCUCCCCAUGCCCACGAGUAUAGGGAUUUUCCUUGACUACGACAAAGGCAGAGUGGCUUUCUAUGACAUGGAUCACAUGAAAUGCCUUUACGAGCGCCAGGUGGACUGCUCGCACACCAUGUACCCAGCAUUUGCCUUAAUGGGCAGUGGGGGAGUCCAGCUGGAGGAACCCAUCACGGCAAAAUACCUAGAAUACCAAGAGCACAUGUAGUUUAAGCAUCUGACGUGACUUAGGGUAGGAAAGGGGAGCAGAAUAAUGCCUUGGUGUUAACCUUCGUAACUAAUUACAUAUCAUCUAAGUAGUCUGUGAUCACAGUGGUUUUUGUGCGUGUUUCCUCUUAAAUCGGAAAACCUAAACAGUUCUGCCUCUUCCUGUCGUCAUCCUGCCUUUCACAAGCCAUGGGAGUAAAGACACUCCUGGUUAAUUAACUCUGAAAUGGUUAACUCUCUAACUGGACUGUCUGUCUUUUUUUAUGAACAGGAAAUCUAAUUUAUUUAUGUCAGCCCUGUUGCUGAUACUUAAAUUUCUUUUUUGGGGG